AUCAGUAUCAGUGGCGCCCUCAUUGCCACAGCAUCUUUCACCACCACCACCACCACCACUACGAACAACAACAACAACAACAACAACAACCUGUUUCCAGUUCAUCUGAAAACUAGCUCCGAUAUUUGCGAGGUGAUGCUUUCGCUGCCAUUCAAGUUAUUUCGACGAAACCGACACGACUGAACAGCAGCAACAGCAACAACAACAGCAACAACUGUGUUUUGUUCCUCUUAUCGAAAUCGUCCGAUCUGUUCUGGUGACGUCCACAUCCACACCAAUCUCUGAUAACCAUGGACCAGUUUUCAGAGUUUACUGCCUACAAAAAACUACUUCAGAGGAAAAAUUUUACCCUAUGGAUGCAAUCUGCUGCUUAUAAUUUCACAGGAGCUCACAAUAUCCUCCAAGAAUUUACCGAAACUUUCUAUUUAUUCAAUAAUUUUCAAGACUUUGUUCUUGUUAUGUUGUACAUUCCUAUUUUUGCCACAGCCCUCACUGGCAACAUCCUCAUCAUAAUGUCAGUAUUAAAAGAUGUGUCGUGGUGCAAAGCGAGAAAUUUCUUUCUGUUCAACCUGUCUGUAGCUGAUCUUUGCGUCACUUUGAUUUGUAUGCCAAUGGCUGUGGCCAUGCUUAUCUACCGUCUUUGGAUUUAUGGAGAAUUUCUUUGUAAAGUUACUGCUUUUAUGCAAGGUGUUGCAAUAACAAACAGCAUUUUUACAUUGAUGGUGAUGUCUGUGGAUCGCUACCUCUCUUUACAAUACGCACACAGCACUCAACGAACCACAAGUCCUCAACAAGCCAUUGUCAUUAUAAUUACAAUUUGGGUGCUGGCUGCUUUGAUCAUGGGACCAUUACUGUUCAUUCGUGAGAUCGAUGUCCUUGUUCUGCCUUCAUUAGAACCCAUGUCAUUUUGUAUUGAAAAUUGGCCUCAAAGUACUGACCGUGAAGCUUAUGCCAUCUUCUUGUUCUUUGUAGUUUACAUCAUUCCAUCAACCACACUGUUUUUGUGUUAUAUUCGAGUAUUUAAAUAUGUCUGCAAGCAGGAAAUGCAACGCGAGAAUUCAGACUGCAGCACAAAACGUCUGAUUAGUCGCAGGAAAGCUGCAAGGAUGCUCAUCAUACUGGUGCUGAUAUUUAUGGUGUGCUGGUUACCUUACAACAUUGUUUCGCUAAUAAGUGAUAUUUGGGGCAGCGCGUGGAACCAGUUGGAUUUACUGCGUUACGCGCUGUGGCUAGGACAUUCUCACAGCGCCAUCAAUCCCGUUAUGUAUUGGCUUCUGAACAAGAGGUUCCGCCAGCAAGUUCGCAGAAUGUUCCGGAAAACGAAAAACUGUGGCAGUUCACACACUUGUCAUGGAUUUAUCAGUCUACCAACCCCUAAAUAUGUGUAGGCCCCAUACUGUACUGUGAAUGAUAAAGUUGAGAGGGAUGAGAGCAACCGCAAGGGAUAGUGAGACAAAGUAUGCAAGGUGAGAGACUGUGUACAGGUAUAGAUGUGUAUGUGUAUGUGUGUGUAGAUGUUUAUAAGAAAUGGUUUGAAUUUCUGUUUCCAGACCAAAUAAUAAUAAUGAUCAUAAUCAUAAUAAUAAGUAUUUGUUACAAUGAAAAAAAUUUUUAAUAAUUAAAACCACCCUAAAAAAAAAAAACAGAAAAUUUUUAAAAAUAAAAGAAAUAUCAAAAAAAUAUAAUUGAAGAACACAAAAGAUUUAAGAAUUUACUGACAGAAGUUGCUAAUUGAAUGCCGUUUUUUUUCUCUUUUUUUUUUAUUAUUGACGAGGGAAUAAAAACUUUGACUUUAUGAGAGAAGGAAAAAUGGAAGUUGUGAUGUUUGUGCCUUCUUUCACAUGAAACAAGAGUGAAAUGGUACCAGCUGGAAAUUCAAACCAUGUCAGGAAUUUGGUUGAAUCAGAAAAUUUAUUUCUGCACCAUUUACCAUUCACUGGAAUCGGUAAUUUAUUCCACACCCACAUACACACACACACACACACACACGCAUACACAUUUAAUGUGUUAUUAUUACAGAUAAAAUUAGUUUAUUACAGAAAAAAAAAUAUUCAUUUUAUUGUUAUAGUCAAACUUUAUUUAUUAAUUUAUUAUUGCAGCUAAAAUUAAAUUAUUCAAUGAAAACAUGAUUAUUAAUUUAUUAUUACAGACAAAAUGAAUUUUUAACAGAAAGUUAAAGUUUAAUGUGAUGGUGGGGAAGACAUGGCUGACAUUUUUUGUUUUUUUUUUCACUAAUAAAUAAAAAUGAAUUAUUGUUAAUAAACUUACAUGUUUAAUUCU